AAUGUACACAACAACUUCGAUCUGUUAGGCACAGACGCAGGAACCGGACAGAGUCGGAGAGACAGAGGAAGAUGAGUAUGUUGUCAGGGAAAGCUGGUCACGAGCUCUUUGUCUAUGGCAGUCUCCAGGAUCCCGACGUCCUUUACGUGCUUCUUAACCGCGUCCCUGACCGUGUCUCCGCCGUACUCUCCGGCUUUCACAGGUUUAGACUCAAAAAUCGUGUUUAUCCAACUAUUGUACCGGACGGUACAGGAGAAGUCUCCGGAAAGGUGCUAAAGGGCAUAACAGAUGAUGAACUGAAGUUGUUAGAUGAGUUUGAGGAUGUUGAAUAUGUCAGAAAGGCUGUUCAUGUGGUGCUGAAGGAUAAUUCAGAGAAGCUUCAAGUCGAAACAUAUGUAUGGAGGAACAAAGAUGAUCCGGAUCUAUAUGGCGAAUGGGAUUUCGAGGAAUGGAAACGACAUGACAAGGACGAUUUCGUAACCGCGACAAAGAAGUUUCUGGAAGGGAGGAAAUUACCAGAAGCAAAGACGAGGAUCGACACAUUCACAACAUUCUUUAAGCAGGAGACUGAAAACGGGAAACAUCUGGAUUCUUGAUUCUUGAUGCUCUCUCUGAUCUAGUUGUGACUUUUGGUUCUUACAGUUACAUUAUAGUGAGGCCAUUGCUUCACCUGAAAUAGGAUUCUGGAACAAUGCUUCUUGGGAAAUUAUGUAAGAAAGACAAACUCAUGAAUCUUGUGAUACUACAACAAUGACAUGACUUGGCUUGCAUGAUCAUGUUCAGAUGAACUCUUAUUAUUAGUUUCUUUCAAUGCUUGUCUCUA